AUGUCCUCCUUUCAAUCGCCGCAAGCCCACCAGGGCCACUCCGCGUUGCGCCACCUCCCCGCGUACAACCCGGUCGCCGCUGUGACCGCCCCCGCGGGGACAUUCCUCCCCGGGACCAAGGUCCAAGUGGGCAGUCAUCGCGUGGUGGUUGAGAAAUACCUGUCCGAAGGUGGCUUCGCCCAUGUCUACGUCGUCCGGUUACCUCAGCCGAUCAAUGGCUCGCCGACCGCGGUUCUGAAGCGGGUCGCCGUCCCUGACAAGGCAGCGCUGGCAAGUAUGCGCACUGAGGUGGAAACGAUGAAGAAACUCAAAGGACACCGGCACAUUGUCAAGUAUAUCGAUUCGCAUGCUUCACAGUUACACGGGGGCGGAUACGAGGUGUUCUUGCUGAUGGAGUUUUGCGGGGGUGGUGGUCUGAUUGACUUCAUGAACACCCGGCUUCAGAACCGUCUGACGGAGCCCGAGAUCAUCAAGAUCUUCUCAGAUGUGGCUGAGGGUGUGGCCUGCAUGCACUAUCUCAAACCGCCUCUGCUCCAUCGAGAUCUGAAAGUGGAAAAUGUCUUGAUCUCACAGUCCGGGGGCACGUCCACUUACAAGCUGUGUGAUUUUGGCUCUACGGCUCCGCCUCGUCCCGCUGCCACAUCGGCGGCUGAGGGUCGACUGAUCGAAGAUGAUGUACAACGACACACUACCCUACAGUACCGCAGUCCGGAAAUGAUUGAUGUGUAUCGCAAGCAGCCGAUUGAUGAGAAGAGUGAUAUAUGGGCCCUUGGUGUUCUCCUGUACAAAUUAUGUUACUACACGACUCCGUUUGAAGAAGUUGGACAGAUGGCGAUCCUUAACGCCAGCUUCAAGUUCCCAUCAUACCCCAAGUUUUCGGAUCGAUUGAAGAUGUUGAUCGCAUCAAUGCUCAAAGAGAAUCCCCAGAAGCGCCCAAAUAUAUACGAGGUGGUCAAAGAAGUGUGCAAAAUGCAGGGCAAGGAAGUCCCAAUUCGAGACAUUUACUCCAACCGGUCUAUCUCCGAAGCACGGAAAUUCCAGGAGUUGCCGCCUACUCACGUGGAAGCUCCCUCAGUUGGAGCUACUUUCUCGCCUCCCAUGCAAGAGACCCCAAUCAUCCCCGAGAUUGCGCCGAUGCGAAGAGGACGUCCUGGAAAACCUCAGUCAUCCACGCAUAGUUCUGCCAGACCAAGCCCUUCUCCGUACCGUGGUGGCGCUAAAAGCGCGGCCAGUGAUCCGUUCGCGGCUCUAGAUGGAAAAUCUCGCGAGAAGACUGCAGAAGAGCUAUCCCAGCGGUUCCCUUCGCUGGAUCAAUUCGAUAUCUUGCACGAGAAGGGCGAUAAGUUCGACUUUGAGCCAGCAGCCAAAGAGCCCAAAUCGGAGGACGACGAUUUGUCGCAAAGACUUACCAAUGCCUUGGCGGAUGAUGCCUUCCGACAGGCUUCGCCAGAGCGACGGGCUGUCCGGCAAGCGCAGGCCUCACCUGUGCGGGCCCAAACCCCUCGAGAAACUGCUGUCAGACAAUCGGCACCGCUGUAUCAACCAACUCCCAAGCGGCCUGCAAUGGUUUCCACAGGAACCAUGACCUCGCCCGCUCAAACUCCUCGUUUGCCAGAGCCGAAGCUUUCUAGUCGUCCAAUUUACCGAUUCCCGCCUUCUGACGAGCAGCGACCCGCGAGCCAGCCGUGGACUGAGGAGGAACGGAAUAAGAACCCGUCGCCUCCAUCUUCUAGGUUGUGGCCGGAUGCCAGCCCACGCCUGUCAUCCGAUAGGUUCUCGAACCAGUCAAACUCUGCUCGCCCCUCUAUGGAGACACUCCGACGGCCGUCUGGGUUGGAAGCAAACGAGUCCGCUGGACGAUCCAAGUCUGCCAUCGCAAAGGCUCGCCCUGUUUCUGUGCAAGCUGGAGCGCGGCAUGACCUGUCGCGUAAUAACGAGCACUCACGGUCUUCGCUCGACUUGUCUGUCCAAUACGAGGACGGUGCACCACUGAGGUCAGUUCGCACGGAAGUGGAACGUGAAGAUGAGCAGAGCAAAAUUUCUUCGGAAUUAGAUUAUCUCCGAGCCAAGGAAGAGGAAGAAAGCAAUCGCAAACGAGAGAAACGCUUGAGCAGUGGCGCUAAGCAUUCCAAGCGCGGCAGUCUUUCUUCGCUAUCCUUUUCAGGGGGCAAGAACCUCUUUGCAGGCCGCUUUGGCGAGGCAUUCCGCCGCUUCGAGAGCAGCAACCCGGACAAACCCUCAACCCCCUCGGCUCAAGACCAGCCACAACUGCAACAGGCCCUUGUCAGCGACUCGGAAGCCUACGAGGAAGCCAACGAGAGUCCUUUGCAAUACGAGGACGCUGAUUUGGACGAUAUCGAUCGAGAUGACAUCUCCCCCGAAAUGCGUCGUGAGCUGGAGCGCCGCCGUCUCUCCCAGGAGGAGAAGCGAGUAGCUACUGCCGCGGCCGAGUAUCGGCGCAGGGUUGCCGAGCACGAUGGCGGAAGAGCAGGCCCAGAUGGGCACCGGUCUCUAGCCAUCCAAAACAGGGUGCAGACACUGCUCGGCGAGUCCAGCAAGGCACCGGCUCCUCCCAAGACAGCUUCCGGCUACGGAAAAUACACCGAUACUUCUGCUUUGCAGGCAAAGCAGGAUGACCUGCAAUCUCCCACCUCGGGCAAACAGCCCAUAUCCCGCACCCCAGGCCCCAUCUACGGUGCCCGCGACGGGAACGUGGCUCUACCAGACCGCCGUGAAGGAGCCAGCGCGCCAGCAGGACUCCCGCAAACCGCCACGUCCAACUCCACGGGGUAUUCCUCUAGCUCUCGUGCAGCUGCCCGCCCCGCAGCCCCUCCAAAGCCGAAGAAUCUGCGGGUAGGCACCCAAGAUACCUCCCGACCCGGCACUGGCCACGACCCUAGUCCGUCAUCUCAAGCGGCGCCGAAAGGGGAGGACUGGGAGGCUAAUUUCAGCCGGCGAUUCCCGAGUCUCUCAGGGUUGGAGAUGGAGACAGAGAUUGAGAUUCCGAAGUACGCCAAGCUGCGGACUCGAGAAGUGUAG